AUGAGCAACUGGGACGACGCAGAGUUCAAUGCCGAGUUCGAUCCGAACAAGGAUUAUUCCGUUCAGGUUCAGAAAAAUGACGGAGGACUCUCCUCGACUCAGAGAGCCCUUCAAAAAAUCGCUGAAUCAGAAGAAAUAGGAGCCCAAACUGCGAGUGAAUUAUACAGACAAAGAGAAGUUUUGGAAAGGACGAAAGGGCGCCUAGAAGAGUCCGAGUCUCACCUGCGCGAAUCUGAAGGUCAUCUCAAAUCAAUAAAAUCUUUCUGGGGUCAGACGAUGCAAAACUGGUUCGGAAAGAAACCAAAAGGUGAUGCAAGCAGCUCUCCGUCCAAGAAGUCAUCGAGUCCAGCGAAGGCAACGGCUGCCUCUUCAGUUUCUAGCUCGAACCCUAGCUCGCUUGGCCAGUCAAGCGGCAUGUCUUCGUCUUCUAGCGCCGAUCACAUGAGUAGAUUGGCCAACAAGAAGGCUCCAAGUACAAGAGAACAACAGAUUGAGCAAAAUCUUACCGAUAUGUCAUCUGGUCUAUCGCGUCUGAAAAACCUCGGUUUGACGCUUCAAACUGAAAUCGACGCCCAAGACGAGCUCAUUGACGAUGUUGAUUUGGCGAUUCAAAGAAACAACUUGAAAACACAGAGUAUGAACAAGCAGAUGAACAAGAUGCUCAAAAAAUAG